AUGAAUGAGAGCUUCCGUUCAAACGUCCAGACCUCAAAAGGUAUUUGUAAACGAACCCGUUCUCACAUUUUGUUCUCGCCGCAAGAGCUUCUCGUUUUCCGUGUACCUGAACGAAAGGCAAAAAAAGCCGUUCGGCCAUCCAAGAAGGCUCCGCCCAGCGGCCUCCAAGGCGUCGCUCAGCACCAACACAACACAGAACAGCGCACACAGAGGUCCAACCGCUUUGCUCAGGAUUCCGGUCAGGCGAGAGACAGCCGGAGGAGACUCGCCACAGCCGUCAGUCAUGCGGUCGUCGCCUCACGGCACGCGCGGCCCUCACAGUCUUCUGCUGACCCAACUCCUGGUCCAACUCUUGGCCCGACUCGCCGUCGCCCAACCGAGCAACCUGUUCGGCUCUAUCGCCGCCUUCAUUCCUGAGCAUUUGCGUAUUAAGCCUCACCACGAAUGGCAGAACUCAGGUACACUUCUAUUUUUUUUUCUGUCAUUGUGCAAAGUUCAUUGUCAUUUUCUAGCUACGCUCAGUAUUCAAAGAGUAUAAAUUAAAAACGAUCUUCAAACUGUCAAAAACAAUUGUAGGCUUAUUGAUUUUCUUCGUCCAGCUUCAGAAAAAAUUUCAAUAUCUAAAUGUUGGGUUGAAAAAGGAAAAUUGUCUUCUUUCAAGAAUAAAGUUCAAAAAUUUGUUUUUCCAAGAAAAGUCUGAAAGUUAAGACGACUUUUUCUCCGCGAUGUUUAGAAUUUUAUGACGACAACUCUAAAUCACAUUGUUUUUCGUACAAAAUUUUGGAGUGUUUUCGAAAUUUUUGAAGAAGGUUCUAUUUAUUUUAAAGUUUCAAAUUUAAAGAUUAUUUUUCAAAAUUUACCAUUUCAGGGAAAUUCCAGGGAGACAUCGACGGCAUAGAUCCCAAGCUUUUUGCGCGAACCGGUCAGUCAUUUGUUUAAAUAUGAGGUUAAAAAUUUUUCAAAGUUUAAAUAGUAUUGGAUUUUCAAAAGUUUUUCUUUUUGUUGUAAUUUUUUUUCAAUUUUUUUUCAAAUUUCGUUCUGAAAGCUUUUCUAGCUCAAAAAUGGCGCUAUUUCCUUUUUUGUGCCGUUGGUGGCAGAGCUGAACGGCGAAACAGCGCAUAAUUCGGGUGCGGAGAGGCUGUUUGCUUUUUCUCGACAACCACCGCCGCUUUGGACAUUUAGAGCCGUCGGUAUUUUUAGCCGCGACGUUCUCCGGAGGGACUUCGGCCUAAAUGGUCGAGCUUCUUCUCGCCUUAUCGCAUAUGCAAUGAAAAAGUAUAUCAUUGGCGGGAAUCUUUCUUUUCCAAAAUAUGAUCUUUAAAGUUAGUAAAAGAAGAGGAACGUAACUUCUUUUUGUGUUAUAAAUAACGUAGAGUUGAAUUAUAUGGUUUUUUUUUACUCCGCUUUGUCCCUGCUACCUUUCCUACAUUUUCUGCGGUUACGUAUGAAAGGCGUCGAGAAACGGAAACCACAGAAAAGUUGAAGGAGUAACAAGUCAUAGUUUGAUUUUGUCUAGUGAGAACUUUUUUUUUCAACAUUGUAAAAUGGAGACUUGGAACCGUUUCGGAAAAGUUCAGCAGGGCUUUGUGCUGUUCAACGCUCUGAAGAACAAGCAGUUGACGUGGAGCGGAGGCGUCAUCCCGUACGAAAUGGACCCCGCAUUCUGUGAGUGAGUCUUUCUCUCUUACCACAACAAGAUUUGUCUCUUCGCACCAACAAAGUAUGCAACGCGAGUUUUCAGCCGCAGCUGAGGUGAAAAUCAUGGAGAAGGCGUUCAACAGCUACCGUAAGAAUACCUGCAUUCGUUUCGAGAAACGCAACGAUGAGACCGAUUACCUCAACAUUGUCAAGGGAUACGGGUCGGUAGUUGAUUAUAUGGCGAGAAGAAGUCUUGAAACUGUUCAGAUGCUACUCACAAGUGGGCAGAACCGGAGGAAAGCAAGAGAUUUCCCUCGGCCGCGGGUGUCUUUUCCACGAAAUUAUCGUCCACGAACUGAUGCACUCUGUCGGUUUCUGGCACGAACAUUCUCGCGCCGGUUUUGCUUUUUUCUUUUUUUGAUUCUACUAUAUGUUGAGUUUAAAGACAGAGACGACCACAUCACAAUCAAGUGGGACAAUAUUUUGCCAGGGAUGAAGUCGCAGUUCGACAAGAUUUCGGCUGUUCUGCAGGUUCGAUUUCAUUUGAAAAUUACUUUUUUUUUUAGCCACAAUCGAACAAAUUUAUUCAAAGCGAUGGCUCAUUUUCUGAAAUUUUAUAGAACAGUUGUCUCAUUAGGGAAUAAUAUUUAGUCGCGAAGAGACUUUUGAGUUAAACGAGGACAAGUUAGUUCUUUUUUUCAAAGCUGACCCCAAGUUCGAUCGUAAAUUAAUCCGGGAAGGUAAAAAAAAAUCAUUUUCUAUUUUUCUAUUUUUCUAUAGCUUCAUUGUGAGAAAAGACAUUUAUUUGUUUAUUUGUUAGGCAGAAGUUUUAUAGUCCUCAAAGCGACGUUUUUAGGAUUUGCAAGGUGAACGAUACGACUACCGAUCCAUCAUGCACUACGACAGCACGGCGUUCUCUCGGAACGGCAAGAAUACCAUAGAAACAGUCGAGGACGGCUUCACGCAGGUCAUCGGAUCCGCCACGGACCUCUCUCCACUCGACAUUGUCAAGGUUCUUCUUUUUUUGAAUUGAUGGUAUAUUUCAUUUAAUUGUUCUCUCAACCAACUACUAGACUAAACUGACUCGGGCUAGAAAGAAAAUAUAUUUUGAACACACAAGCUCUAUCUCAAGUCCGAUAAGUCUUUUUGGAGUUAUGAAAACGAGAGAAUAAAUUUUGAAAAAGUUCUGAACCACUUUCUGUGAGUCUAAUGUGUCAUCGAGAAAUCGAAAAAUUCCUUACACAGUUUUAUUUAUAGAUCAACAAGCUCUAUCAAUGCAAACCGAAGAAAAAAGAAAAAGGCACCCGAAUAACGACGUCAACGGCUUCAACGGCUUCAGUCUCGACGACGUCAUCUACAGAAAGUUUUCUCCCUUUCUUCAGUUCCUUGACGACGUCUAACCGUUCAGAAUGCGUCGAUCACUUUGUCGACUGUCCCCACUUUGCGCAGUACUGCAAACGCGCUUCCUUCUUUUUCGUCAUGAAGAGUUACUGUCCCUUCACGUGUCAGCACUGCGUCGUCAAAAACAGCGAACAGGCGCAGAAGGCCGACGUCUUCAACGACGACGACCAAUGA